UGGAGGCCCGGGACCUACCAUCCGAGCCUGUUCAACGUGCUAAUACAGUUAUGGAGUUCCAGGAACCAGAAAACCGUGAGGGUGAGGCAGUGAUUCGUAAACGUCGCUGUGCCAGAGCGGUGUUUCCCACUGUGCACACAGACACUGGAGCUGGUGCCAGCUCAACCAAUGCAGAUCAGGACUGGCCGAGAGCACAGCACUGGCCUGGGGAUGCUGUCUUCCCUGCUUUGUCGGAUGUUGCCUACUGCCAGCAGGGUCAACACUCAGCUCCAGCGUCUCACUCUCAAGGCUGGUCCCCUUACCAGCAGUCACCUGCUGCAGCGUCUCACUCUCAGGGCUGGUCCCCUUACCAGCCGUCGCAGUCACCUGCUGCAGCGUCUCACUCUCAGGGCUGGUCCCCUUACCAGCCGUCGCAGUCACCUGCUGCAGCGUCUCACUCUCAGGGCUGGUCCCCUUACCAGUUGCCACCAGUGCCAGCUUCUCACUCCCAUGGUGGCCAUCAUGAUCAACCGCCACCAGCUCCAACACCUCAACCUCAAGGCGGGCUUCCUUACCAGCCAGCCCCAGCACCACUAGCUUCUCUCAAUCGGUUCCGAGAAUGGAGAUUGCGAAAGGCAACCCUGGAGGAUAAGGAGCGAGAGAUAAGAGGUGAUCCCCCCAAGAAGCGGCAAACCAAAGAAAGCUACCACUAUCAGUGUAAAAUAUGUGGUCAGUCAAAGAGCAAACUUACUGGCCAUACACAGUUACGGGGGAAAUGGUACUGUCCUGCAUCUGGACAGACCAUCACAGAGUGGAAGACCACAUUAUAGAAUACAUAUGUACUGUAUAUAGUUGUUUUUUUAUAGUUUUUAUAAUUGUGCUGCACUUUGAUGUUCCAUAACAAGCCCAUACAUUGUGUUAUUUCUAUUCAAAGUGUUUGUUAUCUUAUGUUUAUCUAUGUUUACGUUAACGGUUUAUUGGAGUUUUGUGUGUUCUUUUAAAAAAAAA